AUGUAUUACAUCGCCGGCCUCACUAACACUGCUCUUCCAUCAUCCGCCCAAACCGUAGAAGGACUCGCCGUAUUCACCGCCUUCCGAUACCUCCAAUAUAUCAUAUCCGGCAUACGUGCAAUCGCCCCAGUCGCUAACGCAGAAUCAGGUAACAUCCGCACCACUCCAACUUCUUUCAUCGGCAAGAUCAUAUACCUAAUACAUGAUAUCCCGUUCCUCAUCCCACCCGUGACAUACAUCCUAUGCGUCCCCUUCAAUCGCCUCGUGCAGCCUGCGUGGAUGCAGCGCAUGAGCCUACCUAAUACCUAUUUCAAACACGAAAGUCAAGUAGGGCUGAGAGUCGCAGCAUGCGCAGCGACCUUUGUGCUCCUCAGGUUCACUGGACGCACAUUGACGCACCUCGGAAAUCAGUGGCACCCGAUCGGGAGACGCGAGAAGCCUAGAGUUGUGCAGACAGGCCCAUACGCGGUGGUUCGUCACCCACUGUACAUGAGCUUGCUCAUCCAGGAGCUACUUUUUACGCUGAUGUCCUGGUCUUAUGCGCCGCUUGUAGGAUUGGGUAUUGUUGCUGGCGCGUUUGCUGUUAAGAUGCCUAUCGAGGAGGAUCUUAUCAUGCAAGACCCUGCUAUUGCUGCGGAAUACCGUGCGUAUAUGCGGAGGGUGCCUUCGCGCGUUAUUCCGUUCCUUUGGUGAUAUGUCGUGUAAUCCGAAGAUUAUAUAAAUUUUUAUUGUGGGAUACCUGCGAUCUUAUGAUACAACGACUUCCCUACUUCUGAUGAUCGCCCUCAAGUACAUCAAUUUGCAGGUCCUGUUGUGCCGAGUCUCAAGGUAGGCGUUACUCGACGCUGUGCAUCUCGUUCCAAGUAUUUGAUUGUUAUUUAGAUAUGGUUGGAUCGCCUUUAAUUUCGACGCUGAAACUCGUCAAGGUAUCCAGGUUUGUGUUACUUUCCAUAGUGGCCAUUGAAUAUUGAGUAGCUCCGAGUCUGGGCCUUGCCAUCAUUCGACGCUCCUACUCACAUUUGUAUCUGACUUUAGAUAGCAUGGCAUAACUUUGACGUAAAUCUGCAGAUGCGGCAUGGGUGCGAAAAGCCAAUCCCAAGCCUUUUGCGUACUAGCAGCUAAUAGUGCUUUUCAAGGCAUCCAUGACUUAAAGAAC